CCUCCCCAAAAGGUCCGCAGUCUCUGGUCAUCCCCCCUGUACCGUGUCCCCAGUCCUGGUGCACCGUGUCCGCAGUCUCUGGUGCAUCCAGUCUCUGUACCGUGUCUCUGGCAGUCCGCAGUCUCUGGUCAACCCCAUCCCCUGUACCCCCGUGUCCGCAGUCUCUGGUCAUGCCCCCCUGUACCGUGUCCGCAGUCUCUGGUCAUCCCCUGUACCGUGCCCGCAGUCUCUGGUCAUCCCCUGUACCGUGCCCGCAGUCUCUGGUCAACCCCUGUACCGUGCCCGCAGUCUCUGGUCAACCCCUGUACCGUGUCCGCAGUCUCUGGUCAUCCCCUGUACCAGUGUCCGCAGUCUCUGGUCAUCCCCUGUACCGUGUCCGCAGUCUCUGGUCAUCCCCUGUACGUGUCCGUGUCCGUCAACCCCACCGUGUCAGUCUCUGGUCAUCCCCUGUACUGUCCGCAGUCUCUGGUAAUCUCCUUUACUGCCUGCAGUCUCUGGUCAUCU